CAGGUUUUGCCAUCACUUAUGAUGCCUUGGACACAAGACCAUGUUUCCUCCCAGGAAGAAGUGAAGCAGGCCUUGGGUCCCCAGGGCGAAGGGGCGUCCAUUCACCAAGAGAUGCCAGGGAAUGCAGGCAGAAGGGCGUGCAGGGCUCUGGCUUCGUUAGAACUAUGGAUCCACUGGCAAUGCCUUUAAAUUUCACCCUCAGACUCCUUCAUGCAGUGUUACAGUUCUCUAGCAGUAACAUUGCUGGGAGGAGGGGGGAGGCAGGGGGGAAUUAAACUUCCCUCUGGCCCCCAUCUGAGAUGGCAAGAUCUCCAGCCCCUCAUGAAAACAAAUCAGUUUGAACUCCACAUCAAACCAACCUGGCUCCACUCCACACCCACAUUAGUACCAGUCUGACCCGGAGAAGCACUGAGCACUCAGACCGCUGUGAAAAGACCGACUGCAGCAAGGAGGUAAAACGAUGAGCUCUCUCCCCACAUGUGCCGGAACCUAAGAAACAAGACUGAAGCAAAAAGAAACACCAACAACCCCUGAUUCAAAGCCGAGAAGCCACGCAGUGCCACAACAAGGAUGGAUGACAACACUUGAUGAAAAAAAAAAACAGAGCGGGGGGAAUAAAGCCCCCGUUUCUCCACUUAGCAGCGGGCAACCAGGUUUUUCCUUUUUUCUCUUCUUCUUUCUCUUCUUGCUGCAGUUCAGAUGUAGCCAAGGCCACGCAGGUGGUGUAAUCGCUGGUAUGAGGUGGGAGGCUCUGGCAAGCUCCUCGGUUACAAUGAGCUGAGUUUAUCUUGCAGCUUCACACAGGCCUGAAAUGUAUAUUCAAACUGUACAACACAGGCCAGGGGUAUUUUGCUUUUUUCUUUGCCCAUUUCAUUCCAAUCAGCAACUUCGAAUGCUAUCGCAAUAGAAGAUAAACCUGUGCCUUUUCUGCAUACCAUUCCUACAAUUAACUCAGUAAAACUGUAAAUAUCAGCCAUUAUCCCCUCUGGAGUGAACAGUCUGAAAAACUUGCAGCCGACUUCAGAAAAAUGCAGUUACUUAGAAGAACCUAAUUAAAAAGAAAAAUCACUAAAAGAGGAUUGGUCUUGUUUUGACCAAAACCAGGACAGGGAGACCUUAUCGCUCUUUCCAACUCCUACAACAGCAGUUGUAGUGAGGUGGGCAUCAGUCUUGUCUUCCAGCUAACAAGAGAUAGGAUGAGAGGACAUUAAAGAAAUGCUUUUGACCCUAGGUUUCUGUAGCACACUCUCAAAUGUCUGUGCUAUAAAAAAAGUAAUUUAUUCAAACAAUAUAAAAAAAUUAAGCAAAGAAACAGUCCAGACUCUGUGCCUCUCAGGCAGAGGGACCCCAAGACAAAAGUGGCCUGGGCUUUUCAGCCCUCACAGUCUCUGCUGUGCACCCACUCUUCACACACCAUUCAUGUGCUGUCCACACACACCUUUUGGUCCAGGCACAUCUAGUCCAACCCCCCUGCAAUGAGCAGGGACAGCUCCAACUACACCAGGUUGCUCAGAGCCCCGUCCAGCCUGGCUUGGAAUGUUUCCAGGGAUGGGGCAUCUACGACUCUUCUGGGCAACCUGGGCCAGUAUUUUACCACCCUCACUGUAAAAAAUUUAUUCUUCAUGUCUAGAAUACACUUGUAUAUACUCUGGCAUGUGGCAGCUUCUGCAGCUCUAUCUGCUGAUUACUCCUUUCAGUUUUGCUGGAUCCUUUGGUAUGAGCUGGACAGUGUACUACAGCAAUUUCCCUUGAAGGCUGAAUAGCUUCAAACAACAUUCGGUUUUCAGUCUCAUUAGAAAUAUGUUUUCUUCCCUGAAGUAAGGAAUCCUUGUUCUUUCUAUAGCGUACCUGUUGCAUGACGCACUCUGAAGGCAUCAUGACUUUGCACGGGAAGCACAAUCAUUUCCCAGUCUCUUGACAUUAGUUCCAUGCAACGUGAUCUGAUUUUAAGAAUCAUCUGAGCCACCAGUUCAAAAAGGCCUAGGGCUGUCUUUUUUGACUUGGCUGGCAAAAAGACCCACUCUGAAAUCUGUAACGGAUCUUCCCCCUUUCUCCUGCCAUUGUGUGAUCAUGGCAAAAGAAAUGCAUUGAUUAAUCAAAACAAUUGCUUGUACAGGCACCGUCAAAUCAGUUCUCCGUACAUGUUUACUAUUGGUUGCUUGUUCAAUUUCCGCAAUUACCUUCUGUGCUUCUGUUGUCAAAGUUCAUGGGGCAGAAAUAGUAGUGACUCCUCGCCAUAGGUCAAACAGUGGCUGCAAUUGAGAAGAGGGGAUUCCUACAUACGGCCUCACCCAAUUUAUCACUCCUGCCAGGUUUUGCACAUCAUUCAGAGUUUUUAUUUUUACUUGCAGCUUUGUAGGUUGUGAUGUCCUCGUUUGAUCCAAAAUCUUCAUGCCCAAAUAAAGCCAUGGGUGUUGCUGUUGCACCUCCUGAGGUGCAACAACCAGCCCAUACUGAUUUAAUGACUCAUGUGCCUUGUUUUCCAUUUCACCUAAUUCUUGUGGUGUUGCUGCAACCAACAAGAUGUCAUCCAUGUAAUGAUAGCAAUAUCCCGAUGGAAACAAAGCACGUACCGGCCUCAGAGCUUUUGCCACAUACCGCUGACAUACGGUAGGUGAAUAUUUCAUCCCUUGUGGCAGCACUUUCCAGUGCUACCUUUUUGCUGGCUCUCCAUUAUUUACAGAUUGAGCAGUAAAGGCAAACUUUUCCAUGUCUUGUUCUCCUAAAGGAAAAGUAAAGAAACAAUCUUUCAAAUCUAUUACAACAGUUUCCCACUGCAUUGGAAUCAUUGUCAGAGAAGGUAACCCUGGUUGCAAAGCUCCCAUAGUUGCCAUAACAUCAUUAAUUUUUCAUAAGUCAUGUAAUAAUCUCCAUUUUCCAUAUUUCUUUCUUAUAACAAACACAGGAGUAUUCCAAGGGCUAUGUGAGACCUCUAUGCGUUCCACAGCUAACCGUUCCAUCACAAGAGAUUGCAGGGCUGCAAGUUUUGCCUGAGCAAGGGGCCACUGAUCGACCCAUACUGGUCCUUCAGACACAGCUCCAUGGGGCAGGGAAGGGGGCAGUCCCAAGCUGCCCCACGGGGAUCCCCCCAUUUGCUGCCAGGGACCCACAGGGAGAGACACCCCAGGGGUUAACAGCCUGCCCCAGGGCACAACUGGGGGUGUCCCUGCCCCUCCCCAGGACCCCUGGGACAGGGCAGGGGAACAGGGGUCCUUUUCUCCAGGCUAAACAGCCCCAGUUCCCUCAGCUGCUCCUCAUCAGACUUGUGCUCCAGAUCCCUCACCAGCUUUGUUGCCCUUCUCUGAACUCACUCCAGCACCUCAAUGUCUAUCUUGGAGUGAAGGGCCCAAAACUGAACACAGGAUUUGAGGUGCGACCUCAGCAGCACCCACUUUUCUCCCCGUGUACCCCAGUUCACAUUUCUGUUGCUGGCUGAACCACACAACCAUCACGAUCAUGUGGUUGUAUUAAUAAUACAAGUAUUCAUACUUAAUUACAUGUAUCAUAAUUUAUACUACUGUAUUGAGACGAAUAAACAGCAAAGUCAAUUAUAACGUUAGGCAGGCAUUCUUCAUUUUAUCAGUGCUGGGAAACACUGGGGAUCAUCCUCCAUAAGUUCUCCAGGGACUGGAUGUUCUUGCCUUGCUUAUAUUCACACAACUGUUACAUAUUCAUUACAAUUUUUGGAAAUUCUUAACAUACAAUACAUCUACACCAGGAAAUAAUUGCAUAAUCAGGAAGUUAGUCUCAAGUUAGUUACAAUUGUUUUGUAUCUUACUUACAGUACAUUGAUUAAUCGCAAGUCAAAUAUAAGCUGAACACUCUGCUCCUAAACAAUGUAUCACUUAGCCUUCUGUCUCCCUCUUGUCAUGGAGAAGGAUCUAAAACUUGAAAAGUAUCCCCUCAUUUUGCAGGUGUCACAAAGCAUCUAUCAUGUCAAUGGGUUAAUGAUGAGUAUGCCUUUUGUAACUUAAUGACAGUAUGCAUUAAUUUAGCAGCUUCUCUUCAGUAUCAGUAAUGCUGCAUCAAUAAUACCAUAAUGAGGGCUACCAAAGGAAAGCUAGAAACAUUCCCUGUGAGAAAGGGUACACGACUGCUCACCACCAAGCACCACUACAGCACACAGCAGCCAAGGAUGCUGAUAUUAUUAAUGAAUUCUCUUCACCCAAACUUGCGGCCUGAUGACCUAACAAGAGGCACAUCUAAAUGAAGCAGAGAGGUAAAAUCCCUCUUGGCACUGCUCAGGGAGGGGCAGAGCCACCACCGGGACAAGGAUGAGCUAUUGCUGGUGACAAAGGGACUUUGUCACCCCCCAGAUUGCCCCAGUUCCCUCCCAGUUUGGCACUCAGGACAGAAAAUCGGUGCCUGCUCCACACUCGCACUCUCAAACCCCUUCGUGAUGGACUGUGGUGCCUGGGCAGGGUGGAGGGGACGCAGCCCUGUUUGGUGAUCCAGAGCAGGCACGGUGUGCCACGCUGUCCCCCCUGCCCCGAGACACCCAUUGCUGCUUCACCUCGGCUGCCCGUCCUCCCUGAGGACUGCCUGGCAAAGCCGAGUUUAACUCUCACCAGGGACCAACCUCCACCCAUCCAGCCAGAAAGUGGGUGGAUCAGUAAAAUCCUGCUCUCAGUACAGGCAGAGACUGGGGGAUGUUGCUGAGAUUGUCCACAUUUCUAGAUCCAGUGUGGAAACUGUCCAGCCCUCUCAACACAAUGCACAUUGGAGCCGUGCCAAGGAGAGAGGUUGGAAAAGAAAGUUUUUCCUCUGUGUGAGUUUCUGGCAGGCAAGCUGGCACACUCAAAUUGGUUUUUACAGCAUUUUUUUGGCACCCUGUAAGGAUUUAGCUACCACAACAGCCUUACUUACGAAUAACACCCACACAAAGAAUUACCUGGCAAAGUCAGCCUAUUUAUGUAUAUUCUCACAGCUUGUCUGUUGACCCCAAUGUGCCUGGCCUCAAACUUGCUGCAAUUAAUUCUCAACAAGGCCAGCAGCAUUUCAAAGGCAUAUCAGAAGACCUGAUGGAUACACACCCCUCCCCUCCACCCCAGUCUGAAUUCACUGAAUUUAUUCAUCCGGGGAGAUUUUUAGCGAGUAGGUACAACCUACUUGCAUGAUACAAUCCUAUUAAUCCUAUUGCAUGAUGCAAUCAGCAAGAACUCACCAACAUGGCACAAAAAAACCUCCUCUUUCCCUGGAGACCGAGUGGACAUGCACACUUCAGUGUGCACAGUGGGAACCCAACUCCUCUGAGUUCCCUCUGAACUCACCUGCUGCCCAGCAGGUGGGGACACAUAGCUGCACAGCUGGAUCCUUUAUAAUCCAGGUGCAGCUCCGAACUCCUGAGAGCACAGCCCUUAUUUCCAGGGCUGGGCCACUCUUCAACUUUCUUUAAUAAAUACCAGAAUCUCCAGGACAAAUCUGCUACCCCAUUGCAUCGCAGCAUAAAACGUGAAAUAACACGUAUUGACAAAGCUAAUACGGUUUGGAACUCUAAAGGCCGACUAAUAUACUGGUGAGGAAAGGGGAUUUCCAUAACGACUCCCCCUUUUCCCCAUUGCUCCUCAAAAACGGGGAAAAAGACCUGAGGGGGUGGGAACUUCCAUGAGCUGCUCCGCUAGCUCAAGCAGAACCUGCACAAAUCUGAGGCAAAAAACUUUAAGUAUCGUGCUGGUUUACGCUGAUUGGCCAGAGCGCUGGGCGGGCUGUGCGAGUCUAUAUAAGGGCGGGAACAGAAUAUAAUCUGCUGAGUUGCGUGGUGCUGUGGUGCGCGCUGGUACCUGCAGAAGCGGAACGCGGGUGCGCAUCUCCGGUGUUUGGAACUGUCUGCAGUGUCACAGGCAGAGCAGGGACAGGGUAGGCUUGUGCAGGCAACACCUUCCUGAGCCUGUGAGUCAUCCAGGACUGGCUGUGGCUGAUAUUUGAGGCCCUAGGGUGGCCCUGCUGGAUAUGCAGAGUUAGACAUCUGGAUCUGCUGCGUCUUCCUUGUGUUCUCUGCAGUCUGCCAAGACAAGGAUAACGGUUGUGGUCAUAGAAGUGUGUCCAAGCUUGACUGGAAACAGGUUUUGCCAUCACUUAUGAUGCCUUGGAUACAAGACCAUGUUUCCUCCCAGGAAGAAGUGAAGCAGGCCUUGGGUCCCCAGGGCGAAGGGGCGUCCAUUCACCAAGAGAUGCCAGGGAAUGCAGGCAGAAGGGUGUGCAGGGCUCUGGGUAAGUGGUGCAGACACCCUCCAGUGUAUGUCGUGGUGCUGGCUGUACUCGUGGCUUUGGUCCUGGCUUUGGCAGUGGCUGCUGCUGUGCUGUCAGCAGGAAGAGAUGGAGCGAGUGCAGCUGCGGUGCUGGGCUGUCCUGAUGACUGGGUUGGGUACCGCAAUGUCUGCUACUACCUCUCGAAAGAGGAGGGGAGCUGGGAGUGGAGCCGGGAGCGGUGCUCCUCGCUGGGGGCUUCACUGGCUGUGAUCAAGAGGGAGUGGGAAAUGGAGUUUCUAUCACGGCUCAGGGGCAACAUUGACUACUGGGUUGGGCUGCGCAGACAGGAUGGGCGCCCGGAGUGGGUGGACGGCAGCAGCUUCAACCACACGAUCCCUUUGAAGGGCCGAGAGCCUUGUUUCUUGCUGAAUUACCCUCAUCUCUUGAGUUCAAACUGUUUGCGGACCCACCAUUAUCUCUGCAGCAAGGCCCAAGCUGUGAUGUCAAAUAGUUGAUGGGGAGAAAGGACCUUCUUCGUGCUGGGAACUCCACAACUUUGCCGCUUCUAGUUUUAUAUUUAUAUUUACUAGUGGUGUAUUAGUAUUUUUACUUUUUUAAACUGUUUUCAUCUCAA